AUGACAACAUUAUCGGCCGCCGCCGUCAUCUUUGUUGUCAUUCUUAUAUUCUCUGUCGUAUGUAAUGUCCACGGUCUUGGUGGCUCCGCCACCACCGUCUCUGUAAGCUAUGGUACCACCGUCACCGUCUGCGGCAUCGUCGCUGGUCAACCGAGUCAACGGAUUCAAUGCUGGCGUGAUGGACAAGUGUUUGAUGUAUUCUCCAAUAUCUCUUUUGAGUCCAUCGCCGGUGGUCGUGAUGUGUUUUGCGGCGUUAGGUCCGGCGGUUCAAGUCUUGUCUGUUGGAACCCUAGCUUGACUCCAAAGCGUCUUUACUACAACGAAACGGUACUGUUGCGUCAGUUAACUAUCGGUGACGGUCAAAUUUGCGGGAUUACGAAUAGUUCUGGAUUGAACGUCGAAUGUUGGAGGAGCCGCGACGAGCUAUCAAUUCAAAAUCGUCAGUUCCAAUCGAUUUCAUCAGGACUAGGGUUUACUUGUGGUGUUGUGGCGAACAACGCCGAUGAGAUCCUCUGUUUUGGAACAAAUUCAGAACUGGCGAGGGAUAUUCAAGGUAACUUUACGGAUUUUCGCAUGCUAAAUGUUGCUGUAGGCGGUAAUCAUGCCUGUGGAGUAAAUUCUACUGGUUUCUUGAUUUGUAGAGGUCACAACGAUUAUGGACAGAUUAAUGUACCAAAACAUUCACCGUUCGAAUUUUCUGCACUCGCCCUUGGAUCGAAUCAUACUUGUGCCUUGCGAAAAAUGAAUAGUCAUGUAGUUUGUUGGGGUGGUGGAGGAGGGAUUUUGAGCGAUUAUGCUGUUGGGGUUUCGUUUGAAUCUAUUGUUGCUGGAUUGGAUUUCACUUGUGGAUUGACAACCAAUAACCUCUCUGUAAUUUGUUGGGGAGAAGGAUGGGUUAGAAAUAGUUCGUAUCCAUUGGGAUUCGAACUUCCAUUGAGAACAAUUCUUCCAGGUCCAUGUGUUUUAUCCGAUUGUGAUUGUGGCAUCUAUACUCAGUCUGCAAUUCUUUGUUCUGGUUCUGGUUCAAUAUGUAAGCCUUGUGAUAUAUCAAGUUUGUCAAUACCAUCGCCACCACCCUCUGGAGGUGCUAAUGUGCCACAAUCUAGUUCACCUUCAAGACCUUUGAGAAGAGGGUUAUUGGCAUUUGCAAUAGUUGGAUCAAUUGGGGCUUUUGCAGGCAUAUGUACUAUACUUUAUUGUUUGUGGACUGGUGUUUGUUGUGGGAAUAAAAAGAUACACAAUUCUGUUCAACCUACAAUCACAGGUUCUACGCACAAUGCUCCACAGUUAUCAAACAGCAGUCCAAUUUCGAGAUCAUCUACAAUCAGGCGCCAAGCGUCAAGAGCUUUCAGGCGACAAAGAAGUGGAACUUCUUCAAAACAUGCUGAUAGGGAAGAGGAGUUUACUUUCGCUGAUCUAGCUUUAGCAACUGACAAUUUUUCCCAGAAUAAUAAAAUAGGUGCGGGGAGUUUUGGGAUCGUGUACAAAGGCAAGCUGUUAGAUGGCCGUGAAGUCGCCAUCAAAAGGGGGGAAACGAGUCAUAAAACCAAGAAAUUUCAAGAGAAAGAAAGUGCGUUUGAUUCAGAAUUGGCUUUCUUAUCUCGGCUUCACCAUAAACACUUGGUUAGGCUUGUUGGGUAUUGCGAAGAAAGGGAAGAGAAACUGUUGGUUUAUGAGUACAUGAAAAAUGGAGCUCUUUAUGAUCAUUUGCAUGAUAAGAAAAACACGGAAAAGAGUAGCAGCUUGUUGAACUCUUGGAAAAUGCGGAUCAAGAUUUCUUUAGAUGCCGCUAGGGGAAUCGAAUACCUUCAUAACUAUGCAGUUCCUCCUAUAAUUCACAGAGACAUCAAAUCAUCUAACAUCUUGCUGGAUGCGAAUUGGGUUGCUAGGGUUUCUGAUUUCGGAUUAUCUCUAAUGGGGCCUGAGUCAGAUUCUGAGCACAGACCAACAAAAGCAGCCGGAACAGUUGGGUAUAUUGAUCCAGAGUACUAUGGACUAAAUGUAGUCACUGCCAAAAGUGAUGUUUAUGGUCUUGGUGUUGUGCUACUAGAGCUUUUGACAGGAAAGAGAGCAAUUUUCAAGAGUGAUAAUGAUAAUGGUGGUGCACCUAUUAGUCUAGUGGACUUCUCCGUUCCGGCAAUCAUUACCGGCGACUUGGCAAAGAUUCUGGAUAAGAGGGUAGGGCCACCAGAGGUGAAUGAGGCGGAGGCGGUGGAGCUGAUGGCGUACACCGCCAUACAUUGUGUGAACCUGGAGGGUAGAGAAAGACCAACCAUGAGCGACAUUGUCGCUAAUCUGGAACGAGCCGUGACGCUCUGUGACGACAGUCAUGGCAGCAUUUCCAGCGGUCAGAUUUCGAUUGUUUCCGAAUGAAAGUUGUAUAUUUAUUGAUUUUUCAUUAUAUGGGGGUUUGAUUUUGUGGGUA